AUGCGAGGUUUGUAUCCCAAUCGGUCUCUGCAACUCGCUUCAAAAAGCAGGCCGUUAAGGAGAAAUCGAAGAGAAAGGUCAGAUCAGCAUGAAACGCUUGCAAAGGUUUGGAAGCUUACCAAUGUGCGAAAAAUUGCAAGAAAUUCUACGAAACCUAGACCUCCACGCAAUGAAUCAUUCUGUUCCGUGGAAGUAGAAAGGAAAAAUCUAGACCCCGAAAGGCAAACGAGAAUUAAGAUUAUUUCCAUAGAACCCAAUCACUAUUCAAUCCUGGAAGCAAGCAUUCUGGCAUCUGUUAUUCCUGGUCUCACCUGUGAAGCAAAGUAG